AGGAAGUAAUGAUAGAUGGCGCCACUGAAAUCCACGCGCGCUCUUGCGAGCACAAGGCUGCGUCUUUACGCACACUCACCAGCAGUGUCAAAGUUCAGAGGUCGGGUCGCGCGGCGGUCGGUGCUGCAGUAUGUGAGGACUCCAGCGCGCGCGCUUCACCGAGGGAGUGUGCGACGGGCGGCGGAGAAGAACCCGCUGAACAGAUCACGAGCAGUGGAGCAACACUACAUCACUGAACUAGAUAAAGCCGAUGCGCUGAUGCUGCGGAAGUCUCAUGAAACAGGAUUUUUGUCCUGGUUCCGGAAUGGUCUCCUGGCAACAGGGAUCGGCGUUAUUGCGUUUGUACAGAGUGACGUGGGCCGAGAGGCUGGAUAUGCGUUCUUCAUCCUGGGCGGAGUGUGCGUGUCGUUCGGUGGAGCGUCGUACGUGGGCAGUCUUCUGACUCUGAGGAGGAUCAUGCUCCUCUCUCUGCCGGCUGUGCUGCUCCACACGGCUGUAGUGUCCAGCGCUGCCCUCUUCUGGCUGUGCGCCGUAUCGCUCUACAUCGGCCGCCUGGAGGUGGAGAUCAUUCACGACGAGGACGAGGAAGAGCACGGGGGCGAUGAAGGCAGGGAGUGCGGCGAGUGCAGAGCCCGACGCGAGAGACGGGGCGCUGAAGAAAAAGGCCAAGACAAGUGAGAGGAGACUUGGCCGUUUACUCUGACCCUGAGCCAGAGAUCUGUAUUCAUAAACUGCUUUAAGAGAACUGGUUUCAGGUCGGUGUGAAGUUGUGGCUUCUACCAAUAUUAUUGUGCAGUACUCCAGCGCUUGAUUUAUUGGGUUGAGUGAGUUUUUUUGUGUUUCUUAUUCUCCUGAACAUGAGCUGUCCCACUGCUUACAAAGGGUCAGCGACAUAAAUUCAUACUUGUAAUUUUUUUUUUUGGUUGUGGGAUAUGAGUGCUGGAACAUUAAAAAUGAAAGUUAAUUUCUUAACUGGCACUUACUGAGCAUCUGUUAUAAAUGGGCAUGUUCGCUAUUUUAUAUAGUGACAUGAUUUAGAAAUAUAAAUAUUUUUGGUAACACUUUUACAGUAAGGUUUGAUUUUUUUGUUUUAACAUAAGUUAAUGCAUUCAGUAACAUAACUAUAAUAAAGCAUUUAGUAAUUUAAGAUUCAUUUGUGAUGUUACAUUAGUUUGUUGUAUAUUUAAUUUAUAAUGUAUAACAAUUAGAAUUUCUUCUAUUUUUACAUGUAUAAUUUAAAUAUGUAUCUGUAAUUAUGACUAAUGUAUUUGUAUAUGUAGAAAUGAACAUUAAUCAAGGUUAAUAAAUGCUGUGAAAGUUUUGUUUACGUUAAAUAAUGUUAACAAAUUGAACCUUACUGUAAAGUGUUAUAGCUUUUAUAACAUUAGAGCUGUUUUUUCAUGGUUUCUACAUAGUAGUUUUCAUCAUGCAGCAUUUUUCCAUUGUUUUGGCCUCAUUCAACCUCACGUCUCUCACAAUUCCCUUCAGAUUUCCAGCUCUAGUCUUAUUCAAUAAAAUCACAUCUUGCAGAUUUGAUAAGAACUUCUAGACUACAUCUUCCAGCUCAUGGCUUUCUCUCAGCAGAGAUGAAAGCACAACUUUUCUUUUAUUAUGCAUGAAUCCAAAGUAUAGAUAUUAGUAGCUUUUUUUUAUUGAAAGCAUGCAAUCCUGCCAGUUCCUGUUUGUGGUGUGUAGAUAAUCUGAUGAGGUGAGAUGUGUGUGUGAAGCGCACGUGCUCAUACAGUCAUUCACUCUACUGGAGUGUUUAUGUUUACUGUACAUUUAAUAGGCGCACAUUGCACACUUAGAAUCAGUCAACUCUAAAUGUCUUUUUUUUUUUCAUGUUCAUACUAAACAAAUACACAAAUCUUACCUUCAAGAAGGAGUAAUUCAACAAUGUCAUACAAAAUGUCCUAUUACAGAUUAAAUUGUUGUCACUUGC